UAGAGAGAGAAGCAGAAGAGAACCCUAAAUUUUAUUGUGUUUUAGAGAGAGAAAGCGAGGCUGUAGAGAGGAAGAAGAAGAGGAGAAGAAGCAGCGGAGGAGACGAUGUCAGGAGUAGCGAGCCAGCCGCAGGAGGAGGACAAGAAGCCAAACGAUCAGGGUGCUCACAUCAACCUCAAAGUGAAAGGCCAGGAUGGGAAUGAAGUUUUCUUCAGGAUCAAAAGAAGCACCCAACUCAAGAAAUUGAUGAAUGCCUACUGUGAUCGCCAAUCUGUGGAGCUCCAGUCAAUUGCCUUCCUAUUUGACGGCCGUCGCCUGCGAGCUGAGCAGACCCCUGAUGAGCUUGAAAUGGAAGAUGGGGAUGAGAUUGAUGCUAUGUUGCACCAGACUGGAGGAGCCGCAAAGCUUUGAAUAUAUUAUCUUAUGGAAAGACGGACUGUGUUCUAUCAAUCUAGGUUUUAUGAAGUGUUAGGAUUUUAGUCUGUAUGAGACUGCUGUGUUAUCUAUUUUGAGUUUGCUGGUCUCUCUAUGCCAGUAACUUGUUAGAAUCUAUUUGAUGUGAAAUUGGAUUCCAAUUACUAAUGUCCUGGAAUUCAGUUUACUGUUAUUGCUGGCAUCGGAAUCCUACCGUUGGAAUUUAAUUUCCAAUUUGCACAAUCCCCUGCAUUAUCGUCAAA